GUGAACCAGCGGUGGGGAGGAGAGAGCGCCGCGCCUGCAGCCCAAGAGAACUCAACUCACUUUCGGGAGGGGAGAGUGAGGCACGGAGAGGAGAGAGAGUGUGAGCGCGGGGUGCUGGAGGAGGGCGGAAUCGAAGGAAGCCAGCAACGACGAGAGAUCGAUUGAGAGUCCGAAGAGGAAGGACGGGAGAGGGAGGGAGGGAAGGAAGGAAGUGGAGGAGGAGGAGGAGGAAGAGGAUGGGAUGGGUUACCGGAUCCAUCGCGGUGGGGCGGGGGCAUCCAACAAUCUCAUCACGCAAUGGCAUGCCUGCAUCGAUUUCACUGCCCUCGUGUCUCCCGGGAGUCCAAAUAUCUGCCUGAAGUCUCGGCAUCGCUAAGCUUCUUCUUCAUCCUGUGUAGCAGCCGUCGUAUCUCAGCGCUUCGAUUUGAAGGUCACGGCUGCCCAUUGUUGCUUGGCAGGGGUUUUUUUUCGUAGAUCGACACAGUCAUCUUUUUGCUGGGGAUGCUUCUUUGUGUGGCGAGGUUUUUCCCUCCCAUCGGCCCGUGAAGCAGGGAAUCAUCCGUAGUUCGGCACCGAUGCCCUUUUGUUAGCGGAAUUGAGGCCCACUGGUAUUCGAGGCUCCGAUUGUGUCACUUCACCCGUCGUCCGUUUUCCUUAUGUACUUGGAGACGUGCUGCUUGGUCAAAAAUUGCUCUCCAUAUUGGGUUCGGUGCUAUCGGGGUUGCGACCAUCUGUUGCUGUUGAGCCUAUCUUCAAUUGAGGACCUGUAAUUCGGAGUUGUACAUCAGAACCCAGAGCUGACAUCAUUGGCGUGGCAUACGCUUCGGAAUUCUUGGGGCCAGUGCGCUGGAAGCACUUCAUGUCAUGGUGGAGGCAGCGCUGGAUUAGUUAGUUAUGGUUGUGAGAGAAGCAAUGAUAGUUCCGCAGACAGUUCAGGGAGGAGGUAAAGGAGUAAAUGGUUGUUCUUUAGUGAGCAAUUAUCAAAAUAGUCGGGAUCUGUGCCUGCAGUCCGCGGCAAUGGAGCAGAAGUCAAAAGGCGUGAUCGAGAAUUGCAAUCUAGGACCGCAUGACGUGGGGGUGGGAUGGAAGAGGAAUUCGUCGGAGGGUUCGAUAUCGUCUAUGGACAGCUUACCUUGUGGAGAGACGGUGUUUUCUCCUUCAGAUCCACACAACUCCGUGUUUCGUAAGCCGAGAAGACUGGGCGUAUCGGAAUCCGAUGAUGAGUCUGUGAUAGAUCAGUCGCAAGAGGAGUCACUGCUCAGGAAAUCCAAGCGUUCAGUAAUGGGAGGCACUGUGCAGCCUCAUUCAGCGAUGGCUCAGUCAGUGGAUGAAGCGGCGCCAGAUCACAGUUCUACACCGUCCGACGAUGGGAAAGAUUUCCCGUCCUCUCGAGUGAAGUUCAUGUGCAGCUUCGGCGGGAAGAUAUUACCAAGGCCGUCUGAUCAGCAGCUUCGCUACGUUGGCGGUCAAACUCGUAUCAUCGGUAUCAACCGUGACGUCAACUUCAGUGAACUCAGGAACAAAAUGAGAGAGAGUUUUGGUCAAUGCUACACUUUCAAGUAUCAACUACCUGACGAGGAUCUUGACGCCCUUGUCACUGUAUCAUCGGACGAAGACCUCGAGAAUAUGAUGGAGGAGUACGAUAAACUGGAGGCUGAUGGGUCGUCGAGGCUUCGUGUCUUUCUCUUCCCUGCUGAUCAGGACGCUACAUCUUUUGACAUAGACUCCACUGGGGAUUUGAGGAAUUCGGAGCAACGGUAUGUCGAUGCCGUGAAUGGCAUCGCGGAGUCUAGCACUAGGAGAAUAUCCGACGGCGUUUUAGGGGCCUCCCCUGUAUCUUCAGAUCUUCUUGGGCUCGAAUUGUCUGAACCCUCGUGGGGUUUGGCUCGAGGGCCCGAUGCAGUUCCCAUGGCCAUGUUGGCCACUCAUCACGACCCUAACUUAAUUCAUCAGGUACCGGUGGCGCACCCGGUUUCUGCAUUAACAGGCAACUUAAGCAACAGGUCGAAUGCCCCUUCAGCUCCGUCAUCUGCACCUUCUUCGCCCCCUCUCCUCGCCCGCAAUCUUCACGGGAAAUUGCCCCUUGUCGGCGAACUUCACCAAUUUCAAUACCUACAGGACUCACAGUUCAAGGGGGUCGGACCGCAGUACACGGGGAUGCCCAGCGAGGUCGCUCAUCAAGACAGUGAGAGCUACGGCGGCUCCGGAGGGUCAUCAGCGGCCAGCCAGCACGAGAUGCAUUACCGGAGCACGGAUUCCAGGCGAGGACCGGAAUCCCCUCCCAAGAAAUUCCACGAUGCUUUGCAUCAAGAUCAUCCCAUAACUGUUGAGCAGAGGCGUCUAUCAGGCACGAAGAUGCCCCGAAUUGGCUCGCACGGGAAACUGACGCGACUGUCAGAGCAUUCGGAACUGGCUCCGUCAUCCAGGGUUGAUUCACAACAGAUGCCUGAUAUACACAUGGCACCGGGCGAACUUCAGAGGCUCUUCCCGCAGCAGGUACCACUGCAGCAAACCUUAUGGCCGCACGCCAUGGAUACACAGCAAGACAGCUAUCGCCGUCCUGAUAUGCUUCAAUCUUCAGGAGCACAACCUGCAGUUUCUGGACAACAACAGCAGGGCUACCAGCCCCAACAGCAGCUUCAGCACCUCUUUCGGUCCGGACUUUCCCAAACUGGUGCCAAUCACGAAGGGGCGUACAGGCAAGGUGAUCAACAGCAGCAGUCACAACAGUUUCAGGAAGAUCUCCAUGUCAAUCCCAAUUACAUUCCUAGGUCAGUCUCCUCUCACGCUAUAGCCGCGGGUAUAGCUGCUGGUCAAUCCACAUCAUAUCAUGGCUCCGCUCCAUCUUCUCCUCGACCAGGUUUCAGAGAGCUGCCCUCCAGACAUCUUCCUGGUGGGCCUCAGUUGCAGCACCAGUGGACUUUCAAUGGCGCCGGCUACGUUGAUCAAGGAUUCGGAAGGAGGGUGAUGAACUAUCCUGACCAAGCUACCAGAUCCUUUCGUCUUUCCAGUUCACCCCCUCGGUACCGUGAUCAUCAUCCUCACAGUGAAGAACGACUACACAGGCAAGCGCAGCAGGUAUCAGAACCUCUGCACCACGAGCAGGUUCCUGUAUCGGGACAGCUUAAAUUUGAAACAAAUUCUGUGUCACAAGCUCAGUAUGACCUGGUUCCGAGGCCGCAGGUGCCGCAAUACAAGGGCCAUAAUCCUUUCCAGGAGAAGAUCACUUCUUUUCAGGAUCAUCAAGAAGUGGGUGAUAUAAGGCGUCAUGUUCUGCAGCAGGGGAAGGAUAACCAACUGUUGGCUGGUCAGCAACAUUUGCACUCGAUACUUCAACCCCAGAGGAUCGACUAUCAGGAGUCCUUGAAGCAGCAGGGGGAUCAAUCCAUCCCCAUCCAUCCUCGCUUUCAAGAUGGUCAAGAGAAAGUUGCAGAGUGGAUGGUACAGGAGCGUGCUUUAGAGGAAGAGGAGGCAAGGAAGAGGGUCCUGGGAAGGAUUCGGCAGGCUGAGUUGGAAGAGGAGGCCGCGGCUGAGGCCGUGGUCUCGCAGCACAAAGACACUCACCAAGGAGUGUAUGCUGGCCUUCAUCUACCCAACGAUGAAGAUCUGCUCACUUCAUCACUUGGAGACUAUCCCUCAGGGAACAGGAGGAAUGAGCGACUAGAGUCUUCCAUCUCCAAUGCCUUCCCGUUCAGACAUCUGCCUCCCAGUGUUCUGGGAGGUUACACUGCUCCAAAGUCGCGGGUUAAUCCCACAGAGACCUCUCAUGUUGCCCAGUACGUGAGCAGGCCUGUCGACACGGACUAUCUAGCAGUUGCAGGGCUGAGAGGUGGCGGAAAUGGUCAAGAUAUGAGAUCUGCCGCAUUGUUUGAGGUGAAUGGCCUCCAGCAAACAUCAGGUUACCAAAUGCCAUCUGGUCCUCAUCGUUUGAUGGAAGAGAGGUUGAUGCCGUCUGCUUUCAAUCCCAUAACGCAAUUACAAAAGCUCAGAAUCAAUGACAACUUGGCGCUGAAUAAUGACAUGCGAUGGAGUGGAUCAGAGGAUGUGAGGAAUGAACCCUCAAUUCCGGCCAGAGACCGGAUGGGAGGUAUCUAUGAGGAUCAUCACCAAGGUCUUCCAGGCUUGACCUUGGGUAGGAGUGCCGGAAAGCUAAGCAGGCCUUCAAGUAACACCAGCAUUCCAAAUCUGCUUGACGAGACCAUUGGCGAAGGCUCACUCUUGCCAUCUGGGCCUUCUUAUGGAACUCAGGCUCAGGGAACAAACCUGAUCGACAUUACACAGUCCAUUUCGGCGAUUGACAACCCGUUGUACUCGACGUCGUACGCCUCUAGAUUAUCUAAUACAUCUCUGGGUUUGGAUUCACCUCUGGUGACGUCAGGUGGAAUGUUGAAUUCUUCUCUUGAAGGUACCUCAUUUUCUGAUUAUUACAAAAUCAAAAUGGGUGACGAUCUUCCGAACGCGAAAAUGCCUUCCAGUAAGAUUCCAUCUGCAGAGGAUAAUCUCUCAAGGAGCUCAUCUAGUAGUCUAUCUGAGCUCUCUAAGAGCGGAAGCGAAGAUGGUCUAGGUGGGCAGCUUACUAUGGAUCAGCGGACUGUCGACAUGGUAGUCGCGGCACUAGAUCUGGAUCGCAGCGGAUCAGUUGUUCAGAGCGUUCUCGAGUCAAGUGAUGCUAAGGAGGCAUCGCUAAGCGAAUCGGUACAUGACCACAGCCUUGGCAAACUUGGUUCAGUUGUGGGUUCAGUAGGGACCCAAUCUGUGUGGCCUUUGGAUUCUGCUCCAACUUUGGCUGCAGGCCUGUGGGAGAAGAAGCUUGACGAAGCUGGAAUGACUGAAGAAACUUUUGAAAGACACAUUACUUCGGAUGGUACUACAUUCGAAGAACUUACUGCUGAUGAUCACGAAGUUCUUGCCAGCACAGUCGAUAAGGAGAAUCAGGAGGAGGUUCGAACUGGACUAGAUGAGCCAGCUGACGAGGAUAAAGCGAACAGUACAGGACUCGGAUCCGAUCCUGCCGCCAAAGCUAUAGCGCGUGGCUUACAGACUAUAAAAAAUGCAGAUCUCGAAGAGUUGCGAGAGCUUGGAUCAGGUACCUUUGGAACAGUCUACCACGGAAAAUGGAGAGGUACGGAUGUGGCCAUCAAGCGCAUCAAAGCAAGCUGUUUCGCCGGGAGACCUUCUGAACAAGAGCGCUUGAUAGAGGAUUUUUGGAGGGAAGCCUGCAAUUUGGGUCAUCUACAUCACCCCAAUGUCGUUGCCUUUUAUGGUGUUGUUGCUGAUGGUCCGGGCGGAACGUUGGCGACUGUCACCGAGUAUAUGGUGAAUGGGUCUUUGAAGCAAGUACUGCAGAAAAAGGACAGAACUAUCGAUCGACGCAAGAGAUUACUGAUUGCUAUGGAUGCUGCAUUUGGGAUGGAGUACUUGCAUGGAAAGAACAUAGUACAUUUUGACUUGAAGUGUGAGAAUUUGCUUGUGAACAUGAGAGAUCCUCAUCGACCCAUCUGUAAGGUGGGUGAUUUGGGGUUAUCAAAGGUGAAGCAUCAGACCAUGGUGUCUGGCGGAGUGCGUGGAACUCUUCCCUGGAUGGCGCCCGAGCUGCUGAAUGGAAAUAGCAGUCUGGUUACCGAGAAGGUUGAUGUCUUUUCUUUCGGGAUCGUGAUGUGGGAGCUCUUAACUGGAGAGGAACCGUAUGAUAAAAUGCAUUAUGGGGCGAUUAUAGGUGGGAUUGUAAAUAAUACAUUGCGCCCACUCAUUCCUUCCUGGUGUGACCCUGCUUGGCGAUCUUUGAUGGAAAGAUGUUGGGCAAAUGAGCCCGCUGUCAGACCCUCCUUCUCGGAUAUAGCCAAAGAGUUGAGGACCAUGGCUGCCGCCCUGCAACCUAAGACACAAGCACAGACACAAGGACAGUCACAUCCUCAUCCACAGAUGCAGAUCGUGUAGGAGCAGCAUCUGUCGUAGAUAUUACUUGUGCCCACGCUCGCUGGGUAGGUUUAUUGGCACGCUGCUAGCUUUCACGUGUACGAGGGUGCUAGGUCUGGGUCUUUGCUGAGGAUAGCAGACCUUUUGUAUAUGAGCAUGAUGGUUACCGGGAACAGAUGAGUGACUUGGCUGCUAUCAUUCAAACAGCCAUCGACAUUUAUGUGGAACAUUUAUGCUUACAUGUAUAAAUUGUUGUGUCACUUGUCCAAGGCGGGGUAGUUCAGCAGACAUGGAGCAAAACAGCUAGAGGAUUGGUUGCCAUUGCCUGCAUCCCUAGAUGGUUAUAAACUCAUGACUUGAUGGGGUGAAUUUUGGAGUGGGUAUUCUUCUAUAGCCAUACACUUAGUGAUCCAUGGUGUUCAGAUCCAGCUUGUUUUCUUCGCCUCCAUAUGAAAGGCCUUUAAGGAUAUCUGUACAAUAGUAGCUCAAGAGAUUCAACUGAAACUGAAGCAGAGCAGAGUAUUGCUCUCUUUGCAGUGAGAAUUUUGUGCAACUGCUGUCAAGGGAACCAUCCUGCUGCAGAAGCGGGUAAUCAUGACAUGGAGAAGUAAAGCAAAAGUGUGAAGCUCGGCUGGAAGACGAUCUUAGUUGCUCUAUCUCCACAAGCUGUGACAUGGGUCGCACAACAGCAGGUUCAGGAAGAGAAUCCUAAGUAGUCGAGAAAUCUCAGCUAGCGAUUAAGCCAAUGUCAGGGUAGUUACAGAGAGUUAAUUGCACCGGGUAAUGCUGCUGACGCACAGCUGUGCGACCUGCAGCGCAUCAAGGCGGGGGUACCAUUUGUAAAGACAAAGAGAUCAUUAGUGUAAAAUAGUACGUUAUUGUAUUAAGAUAUUUGGUAAUUAUAUAUCGCAGCACGUAGAACAAACAAUCAUCAAUAUGCAACUGGUCUGCCCUUGGAUAGACAAGUUUUUAGCUGACCACCAUUAUUUUGUCAUCAUCCCAUUCAUUGGGUUGAGAUUCUUCUGGAAAGUAAACCAGCUGGUUUUGCCGUGUC